GCCGGGUUGUAUUAGCUGGGGAGACUGAUGAGGAGCUUGUUCUCUUCGAUUCCACUCCCAAGAGCCGCAGCUAAGGUCAACUGUGAAGCUGUAGCCCCGUUCGUGGGAUACAAUUUUUUUUUCCCCUCUAGCACUGUACCUGCCCCCUCGUUCUUCUGAACGGGUCAUGCUGUGUUGACUGAUGUUUCUGAGCCUCCAGUAUGGAAUAAUGAAUGAAUCAAUGUAUGAAUGAUUUUUUAAAGCCAGAAUUCUUCUCUUGCCUCUCCCACUUAGACGUUCGAUAACUAUGGCCUCUCUUGCGGCGGCCCUGCAACGGGUGGCCCUCGAAGACGAAGGCAAACUCGUGCAAAUAAAUGGCAAGGAGGAGUCUACGGUGCCAGGAGCAGCCGAUGGAGUUAGAGAGACGGACAGAGAGGGAACGCAGAGUAUUGUUAUUCAAAAGACCAGACCGCCGUUCCGCUUCUUCGACCUCCCAUCAGAAAUUCGCGAACGUAUCUACUCGGUCGUUCUCUUCACGCCACGCCGCAGCAGGGCACUGCGAAGUCAUGGCAACGUCGGUGCCUCGUCGAAAAACAGCCCGCUGGCGCCCGCGUCACAUCGGGUGGCACUGUUUCUAGCCUCGCGGCGCAUCCACGACGAGGCGACGUACCUCUUCUACUCGACGCAAACGUUUCGUUUAUUUCCCAUCCAAGACUACUCGCGGCUGCCGACCAUUCGGGCCCUCUCUCCGCUGUACCGGCCGUGCAUACAUACCGUAGAGUUGAUCCUAGGCUCGAGUUGGACCGCGCCACCUCGGUCAUGGACGGUGAACAAAAGCCUCGGGCUGCAGCAUAUGAAGUACGUGCGCACGCUCAAGGUUUUCAUCCAGUGCGACCCGUCACAUCCAGUAUUCGAAGGCUUCCGCGUCUCCAAGGGGUUCUAUACUGACUUUGCCGGCGAGUUGGUCCGGAAGAUACUGCUGAACCUGCCGAGUCUGGUCCAGGUGGAAUUUGAUGGGUUUCCUUCCGUCCAGAGAAACGGUCCAUUGAUGCAUCGUUUGAUCUCCGAGGCUAAGACGGCGGGAAAGAAGAUUCUUUGGGGUCCUGAGAGAGGGUGGACGGAUUUCAAUGAGGAAGAGCACACCAGUACUUUGACUGCUUCGGCUGCUACUGAGAAGCCACAUAACCAGUUACAGAAUGGUAGUACUUUAUAUCAGCUCCGUGGAAUUGUUUAGAUGGCGAGUGGCACAUAGAUCAGGAGAUUGUGGAUUUACGUUUGUUCCCAUCUGUGGUGUCACCUCUGUGGUGGCUGCUUUUGUAUAGAUUUUGCUUCUAUGGAUACACUUUUCUUUUAUUCUAUUUGGUUUCUGCAAUCUUUAUGCAGAGAUACGCGUGUGGGUAUAAGUAGAUUAUAUAUAUUAUUAGGUCGAGUACUGUGUUUGCUUGUCUGCUCCUUACUCUUUUCACUCUUCAUCUUCCGCUCCAGUUAUAUAUUUUGCGUCCCACUAACGAACAAC